CACUAGCAUAGAGUGAAAAAAACACUGAAUCGAAUCGUCAUCGUCUUGGCCCAUUAAUUGCGGAGAAAAAAGAUUGCAAAUCGCUGCAGAGACGACUAAAAGGGUUGAGAAAGAGUUCGAGCGAUACCGCAACGACCAAGCACGCCACACCGAAAUCCCGGUCAGAGCCAGAACCCAGGGAACCGGAAAUCAAACCAAACCAAACAACCGCCCCUGCCCCGAAUUCGUGAAUCACCCAGUGGAACUAUGGAGCAGACCCCGAUCACCGAUGCGGAGAAGGUGCGCAUCGUGUCGGACUUCAUCCUACACGCGCCGCCCGGCGAGUUUAACGAGGUGUUCAACGAUGUGCGCGAGCUCCUUAAGAACGACACCCUGCUGAAGGAUGGGGCCAGCCACGCCUUCGCCCAGUAUAACAAGGAUCAGCUGACCCCGGUCCGCAUCGAGGGCACCGACCACAACGCCAUCAUAUCGGAGCACAACGAUCUGGGCAACGGUCGCUUCUACGAUCCGCGCACAAAGCAAGCCUUCAAAUACGACCACCUACGGAAAGAGGCCUCCGACUACCAGGAUGUGGAGGCGGAUGCCAGCGCGGAGCCCUGGAGGGCCGCUCUGGACCUGGAGACGCUCGCCUACACUGCCAGUCACUAUAGACACGGGGUCAGCUCAGUCUUCGGAAAGGCGCAGGGGAACCAGAUCACCCUGACUAUUUGCAUCGAGGACCACCAGUUCCAGCCAAAGAACUACUGGAACGGCCGAUGGCGCUCCCAGUGGCAUGUCAGCUUCCAGGCGGGCAACGGAUCCGCCGAGCUGAAGGGCGUUCUGAAGGUGCAGGUGCACUACUACGAGGAUGGCAACGUGCAGCUGGUGUCCUCGAAGGAGUGCCGCGAGAGCGUGGUGGUCAGCAACGAACAGCAGCUGGCCAAGGAGGUGAUCCGCCUGAUCGAGGAGGCCGAGAACGAGUACCAGCUGGCCAUUUCGGAGAACUACCAGACGAUGUCAGACACAACUUUUAAGGCCAUGCGCCGGCAGUUGCCUAUCACCAGGACCAAGAUCGACUGGAGCAAAAUUGUCUCGUACAGCAUUGGCAAGGAGCUGAAGACGCAAUAAGACCAGGAGGUGCAAGCGGAAGAGGAGCGGACACAGUCGACGAAGCGGCCCAACAGUCUUCCACUUGCAAUGGCCAAGCGAGCAUAGGAACCGAUCAUCAGCAUUAACACCACGACAUCCAAACAGAAGCAGCAGGAAUACGAAUACGAGAGCGGGCAGGUGCCUGCCCAAAUAAAAUGUCUGUAACUGGCUAUAUACAUACGAACAUAUACCUACAUAUAUAUACAGCGUGUAUUUAUACUGUGUUAUAUAACGACGAAAGUGCAUAUACAUAACUAUAACGUCUACGAUCGGAGACAAUUUGAUUGCAAGCAUUUGGAUGACAUUAGCCUGACGGUGAACGAUGAUGCACUGCUGCCUCGUCUGAGUCACGAUCGCCACCAAUUGUCGCCUUUAUCGUUUAAGAAAGAGCAUUAAACGCGGAUUUUAUCAUGUCCUUUGACCUAUGUAUUAUUCUAAUUUUAAACAAAUCAAACACGAGAUCUGCGCUCUAGAUGGGCCAGCGAAUUCUUCGAUUCGGGAAACCAAACAACCGACUCUCGACUAUUUUAAGCGCUAUUAUUAGAGCACCCAUUCAAGUUUUCUGCUUUCCCGAUUGUUCACCACCACCUAGCAUGAGCAUGAAUAUUAACUAAGCUAAACCACUGAUCAUUUUUGCCAGCUCUCCAUUGACAAACAAUAACUGAAGACUUUGAUUUUAUAAAAACAAUAAAUUUGUAAUUAAAAUAACAUAACUAUAAAACAUUUAAGAUUGCUUGAAUUAGUCAAAUUUAAUGAGAAUAAACUAAUUGAAUCGGAAA